AAAUCCCAUAGGGUGGAGAGAGAGAGUAGUUGCAAAAGCUUUUCGUGAGUUGGACUGGUGUCUUGGGGUCAGUAGUCAGUCAAUAGUGAAUGAGUUGUAUUCGGAUAAAAAUGGGAUUUUUUUUCUUGCUUUCUAGUGUCAUUAGUACAGCUCAUGUGCUGAGCAAACACACUCUGUAGUGUUCUCACUUUCUUAGUUGUCUCUCUGGGGUUAAGUUGCUGCUUCCACUUGUUAACCCUCCUCCCUCCCCAUUUUUCAUUCAAUUCUCCUCACUUCUCUCUCUUUCUUUCUCCCUUGCUCUCUCUUGAUUCUUUCUUUCUUUCUUUCUUCAAAUCAAAACUAAGUAAACUCUAUUCUUGCAUCAUGGCUACUGAGACUGUUGCUAUUCCUGAUCAUACUACUACUGAGCAAGUUGAGAAGCAAGUAUCUGAAGUUAAAGCCAUUGAACAAGAAGUUAUUUGUCCACCCAAGGAAAACGGAGUAGAAGUUGUGGAAGAAAAUCCCAAAACUGAGGAAUUAGCAUUUCCAGCUCACGCAGUCGCAUCAGAAGAAAAGAAAGAAGACCAACCAAUUGAAGCACCUGCUGCUGUGCCCGUUGAAAAGGUUGAUGAGGUUCCUGUUUUGGAUGCUCAAGCUGUAGAUGGCCAAAAAGUUAUUGAGGAAUGCAAACCAGAACCAGAUGUUUCUGAUGUUCCCGUUGCGGCAAUUGCAGUUGUUGAAAAGGAACCAGAAGUGGUGUCAAAGUUAGAUGAUGUCCCUGUUGUUGAGGAGGUUCCUGUUUUGGAUGCUCAAGCUGUAGAUGUCCAAAAAGUUAUUGAGGAAUGCAAACCAGAACCAGAUGUUUCUGAUGUUCCCGUUGCGGCAACUGCAGUUGUUGAAAAGGAACCAGAAGUGGUGUCAAAGUUAGAUGAUGUCGCUGUUGUUGAGGAGGUGAUACAACCUGAAACCACCCCUACUGAGGUCGUGAGUGAUUCCAUUUCCGCUGUCGCAGUUACUGAAAAGUCACUUGAGGCGGUAGAUAUACUGGAGGAAGUAACUCCUACUUCAGAAGUAAAAGUUCCAGAACCAGACUCUAAAGUAGUCGAAGUGCCAGAACCGGUUGUGGUAGUGGAGGAAAAAUCACCUGAAGUUGUUAAAGUAGUGGAAGAAAAAACUGAGGUUAUUGAGCCUAAAGAAAGUGCAGAGAGUAAAAUUCCAAAAGGUAAAACCCUCGAGGAACUGAUGUCUAAAGAUCAGGAGCCUGUUGUACCUGCAGUUCUUGAUACAGUAACUCCUACCAGUCAGGAAACUCCUGCUGAACCAAUAGAAAUUAAUGUGGCUAAGGUAGAGGAAGUAUCUGCUGUUCCUGAUGUUGUAAAUACAGCCGAUAUUGAGGUGGGAAAAGUUGAGGAGGUCAACGAACCUGAGAUUACCAAGACCGAGGAUGUAGCUAACGGUAACGUGGUUGAGGAACUGGCAACAGAAACUGCACUUGAUGCUGGAAAGGUUGAAGAACAGAAAGAAGUAGAAAACGUUAAAUGUGAAGAAGCUGUUGAUGAGAAGAAUGUGAAAGUUGAAGAAAAACAACUUGAGAAUGCCAAAAACGAGGAAGUGAACCAUUCCAAUUCGGCUACUGAGGUUACUGAAAAGCCUUCUGAAGUAGAGACCACAUCUAGGGAUGUCGAAGUGGUCCCUGAAGAGAAAAGAGAGGAAUGUGUUAAAGAUGAUAAAGUCGCUGCAGUUGAACCUAGCAAGGAUAAAAAUGUAGAUGAAAAAUCUGAUGUUGUUGAUACUACUACUACCGCUACUACUACUGUCGAUGCACCAGUGGAAGAAACCAAGGAAUUAGUAUCAGAGGAGAAAGCAGCUGACUGCGUAGAAACUGGUGCAGAUAAGUUGGAUAAAGCAGCAGAUACGGUUGAGGAAAAUGCAAAAUCUGAUGCCCCAAUUCUGGAGUCCAGCAAAGAUGUUACAGUCCCAAAAGCAGAAGAUGACCUUCCUAAACAAGAUACUCCACCUAAAGCAAAGCAUUCAAACAACAUCAUGUCAAAGGUGAAACAGUCGAUCGUGAAAGUGAAGAAAGCAAUCAUUGGGAAAUCUCCUAGCUCAAAAACUAUCUCAGUCGAUACCAAGGAAGAUUUGAAAGCAAAGUAGGAUGAAGAUACUUCAAAAUCGUUUUAUCAGGUUGCAUUUUCCUGCUUGGUAUUGUAAUAUGGGGUCCUAUUGAAUGUCGGGUCUUGCUGUGUGCUGUCUCUGCUACGGAUGCUUCAGUAACAUCAAAUGGGUGUAUAUAGGAGGUAAGAUUGAUGCACUUGCUCUACAUCCGUGACUAGUUGCAUUUUUUUUUUUUGUUACUUUUUCAAAUUUUAUUCAUUUUAGUUGUAAGUAUUGUUUGGGUUUGUUAGUGCUUUGUUCAGGUAUAAUAUGUUUAAUGCUUAUCAAUUUGUGUGGCGGUUUUCAGUUGAUAGGAUCAUGUAAUGUUUGUGUUACAGUUAUAAACUUACGAUUUGAUAAAUGUAAUUCGCUUGGUGUUGAUAAUUUUCUCUUGUCACAGUAAUGUGAACUUUUUUAUGCCA